ACCCUUGAGACUAUACCGUCAUCAACUAAGAUCAGAAAUGUCGAUAAUGGAAUACAACGGUGGCUCUGUGGUAGCCAUGAGAGGGAAGAAAUGUGUCGCUAUAGCAGGAGAUCUCAGACUGGGUAAUAGGAAUAUGAGUUUAGCAGCCAAUUUUGAGAAGGUAUUUCCGAUAACGCAAAAGUUAUUCGUUGGUUUGCCUGGUUUGGCUAGUGAUGUCCUCACGCUACGAGACACAUUCAGAUUCAGGACAAACAUGUACAAGCUUAAAGAGGGUAGAGAGAUAGAGCCAAAUACCUUCGCACACCUCGUCAGCUCUACCUUGUAUGAGAGAAGGUGGUCUCCCUAUUUCGUCGAGCCUGUUGUCGCUGGACUGGAUCCAAACAACGGAGAACCUUUCAUAGCAGCUACUGACUUAAUCGGUUGUUUGAAUUUCGCUAAGGACUUUGUUGUUUCUGGUACAGCAUCUGACAAAAUGUUCGGUAUGGCAGAGAGUCUCUGGGAGCCAGACCUAGAAGCUGAAGAUUUGUUUGAAACGAUCUCACAGACACUCCUGAAUGGUGUUGACCGUGAUGCUUUGUCUGGUUGGGGUGCUGUUGUUCACGUUAUCACACCUGAGAAAAUGAUCACUCGCUCACUUAAAUCGCGCAUGGAUUAAUUUGUCUCUUGAACUCAAACCAUCAUGAUGUGAGUCUCUUCUAAUGCAAGAGGGAAUGUCCAAAGGGAUGAGUUACUAAAGACGUACCAAAUAUAAGAUAUGUUAGACUUCAUAAUCCAUCUUGAAUGAGAAAAUGAUUUACUGACUGGACAUUCCCUCGAGCUUUGAUUUAAAACUUCAACUAAC